AUGCCUCAACUACCAACGCAACAAACAAAUGAAACUGAAGAGUCACAGCCAGAAGUAGAUAGUGAUGACGAAUCUCAAGCAUACGGAAAACGAAGUGCGUCGGAAAGUUUAAGCUUGGAUUCGAAAGCAGAAUUAAUGAACCCAUCAUGUCUCUCUUUUGUUCUUCCAUCCGCCGAUGAUCGUCUCGUUAUUGAUUGUUUUGAUGUCUCAGCUGCAUUUUAUAACUUUCAGCAGUCAAUUUUGACUCACAAAUGGAAACUCUCUCUUGAGGAUCAUAUUCAUUGUGCCAUGGCUUCAACUUCAAUCUUACUCUUAGCACCCAAUCGAUACCCAGCUGACUUAUUACCAUUUUUUGACGAGCAACAAAUUAACUCAACAAUUGGUCAUAUUGAAUUAAAGUAUGAUUUGAAGAAGCCAACAAUGGACGUUGAUUUGGUAACGAAAGCGGUAAAGAUAUUGCAAGAUGUGAUCUCGAGAACGAUAUCAAGGGAAACAGCUGAGAUUAACUUGUUGACAUUAGAAGCUGGUGAAAAAGAGCACAAAUUUCUCAAAGCGAUUGCGGCGUUGGUGAAGAAAUUGCCUAGAGUAUCAAUUCAAGAAGAAGUAAAGGAAUUGGAGCUUUGUUCCCGUUUUGUUGAUCCCUUUUUAUGCGAGUUAUUCGACGAUCCAGAUGCUGGAACUUUUUUCAGGUGGACAAAUGAAUUGACAGUUGAAUCAAAAAAGAACCAAAGUUCGUUAAACUGGAGACCAGACAUCGCCAUAACAAGACUACAGGGUUUUAGGUGGAGGUACAAUCUUGGUUUUGGUGAGGCGAAGCCAGCUCAGCCAGAUUCCAACCACUUUGCGAUUUGUAAAGAUCUUUUACGUGUGGGUGUUUUCUGUAAAAACUCAAUUGAUUCACAGAACAUGGAUGGGGAAAUUCAAGUACCCAGUUCCGUAGCCGAUAUCCCAAAGCUCUUAAUGGAUAUGGCUACGGUUUCAUACAUUCUUGAUGUCUUUGGCAGGGUAUGCGUUCCUGCAGUCACUCCCAUCACUACAAAACAAACGCCAGCAACCAUUAGUGAUGAGAUUUUGACCCAAAUUUUCUCAAGUACUCAAAGUAGAAAACGCCCCUGUCACUUGAAACAUCACUAUAAUUAG